UCAUUUACACAACUUCACUUCAGGAGUCCAUCAGCGGCGCGUGUCGAAAUAAGCCCAUACACAACCAAUUCCAACAUCGAUGUUAUUUCUUUUUUAACUUCUGGACUUAACACGACCGAAAACAUGACUCUUCCCUACACCCAAAGCGUGACGACUCUCAAAACCGUGAACGUCGCGGAACAGAGUACUCCGACGUUCUUGUCACACACUCCGGUUACGAUGAACGAAGGCACGACGACGUACCGGACGGUGAAUCUCUCGGGAGCUCAGCUGCAGCCAGUCCAGUACUUUAACAGCGCGGUGGACGGAAAUGUGGUGUACGGGGGCGCACAUGCGGUGAACGGAAAUUUGGUGUACGGGGGUGGGAUGAACGGAAAUUUGGUGUACGGGGGCUCGCAUGGGGUGGACGGAAAUGUGGUGUACGGGGGCUCGCAUGGGGUGGACGGAAAUGUGAUGUACGGGGGCGCGCGUUUCCUGAUGCCCGUACAGCAGCGGCCGGCGGAGUCGUACGUGUACAUGAAUCAGGCGCCGCGCGUCGUCUCACCGAUGUACAUUCAAAACAUACGGCCGGUGAGCGUCAGCAACCUCGACGAGACUGACGUCUACAGACAAGUAGGCUUCACUGAACAAACUUCAUCUGUCUUCAGCCAGUCGUCUAGUCCAGUCAAGAGCCCCGAACACUCAGAACCAGAGUUAGUGGAGGACACAAGCUUCAGGGAGGAGGUUGUGGAGGUGAAGAAUGGAUUUUCCACUCAGAUGACCACAGAGGUGAUUGAGGUGGAGCCAGUCCCCAAGAUGGACAAUCGCUUCUUUGGCGAACUUCUUGCCGAGGUUUACCGCAAGAACUGUGACAUUCACACAUGCAUCUCUGAGCAUGUUUCCAAGAUCAGGGGAAGGAAACAUCAUCUUGACCCCACCAAUGACUACAAGGUGGAGAAAGAAGAAAUAGAGGCUCUUAUUCCUAAAGGAGGGUCUGAACUGACAAAGCAACAGAUCCGCUACCUGCUGCAGACUCGUAUGACUGCUGAUAAGACCAUGCGUCUGAUGUUGACCACAUUUAGCAGUCUACGAGAGGAGCUUAUGCAUCUGCAGGAGGAUCUGAAGCGUCUGGAGAGUGAGAAGGAAGAGUUGGAGAACGAUCUGAACUUUAAGGCAGAUCAGGUUUCGGAGUAUAACAGACUACUGGAAGGCGUCCGUGAGCACAACAGGCAACUGCAGACAGCUGUUAAAGACAGUAACAAUGCUCGGCGUACUCUAGAGAGCCAGCUUUUGAUGUUUCAGAGCAAAGACCCCAGCAAAGACUUCCACAUCAAGGAGCUGGAGGGCAGCAAGAGGGCUCUUGAGGAGGAGAAUGAUAUCUUGAGGAAGAAGAUGGCAGGUCAGUGCAGCAGUUCCACUGUCCAAAUCAGAACACAAGAACUGUCCAAACAGUACGAACAGAUGAUGAAUGAUCUACGGGAGGAGAAGGACAGAGAACUCAAGGGCCUGCGGUCUCAGCUGAUAAAGAUCCAGACAGAGCACACCACCAUCACAAAGACCUCUGACAGCAGCCUGGAACUGCGUAUCACUGAGCUCCUCACCAAACUUGAGCAACAUGAAAGAGUCAUCAGACUCAAGGAUGAGGAGAUCAAGCGACUCAAGCAGCAGCAGCAGCAGCAGCAGCAGAGCGACAGCUCCAGCAGUACAUCGAGAACUGUUGUUACCAAGAGAUACAUGAACCAGUACCCUAUUCUGGGUCUGCUGGAUGACAAUUACAAGUACACAUCACCCAUUAAAGAGGACAGGACUGUCGUCAUCGAGAGAACAGGAGAGAUUACCAAGCGAGUUAUUUAGGCUGUAACGUUGGGAUUUGUUUGGUAAGGGACACAUUUUUCUCCAAGUUUAGUGUAGAAAUGGCCCAUGUGGUCUUACCAAGGUCAUUUAGCAUAAAAUGUAUUUGCCCAUUGAUUUUCUGUUUUCAUUGAUUCAGUGUAUUUGUCAGUGUAAAUUAAAAAUUAUAAAGUAUUGGUAUGAAAACAAAUUUCACUUUGGUUGCACCAGAAUUUCACAUAAUUUUCUGAAUUUCCAGAAUGUCAACAUUUGUGUUCAGUGGUUACUGCAUUCCCCCAGAUGUUACUGCCCUUGCUAACGGUACCUAGGACUGUCUCAUUAGCCUGAAAUAAUUGUUCAAACAAAGUUUGAAACAUUGGAAAUGUAGGAUUUAAAAUUGUAUUCAAACUUGGAAAAUUAAAAACAAAGAAAUAUUAUGAUGCGAAUGAAGAACAAAUAUUAAAGAUGCUGCUUUAUUUCAAGGUCACUAAUCAGAUAAGCAAAUAUAAAAAAAAAAUUGCAAUCCUUUCUCUAGGCUGUAAUGAAUGCUAUGUCUUCUGUUCUGUUCUGUUUUGGGCAGAAAGUAAUUGCCAACGUUUAAAGAAACUGCUUCUUUUUCCGACAAGAAUCAACUGGAAGAAGACCCAGAGGCCUCUCUAUUUCCUCCUCCGAUUCCCUGGCUCUCACCCUGCAUGCUGCCCUCUCCCUCAUCUUAGGGGCUGCUAAUGGUGACGGUGGUUCUAACAUUACAUUUUUGGCCUGUGGAACCAGGUAAUGCCAUUUAAAAUUUGCAUUCUUUCCUCAUAUGUACCACCAAAACCUUCAGCAGCCUCUGGUCAGCACUACUGUAAGCAUGUAUAUAUUUGGAGAGAAAUGUGUCUUUACUGGAAUAAAACUGAGACAAGUAUUUUCCAUAAUGUAAAUGGUGGUUGCUGGUCUUGUUUGUUUUCUUCUCAUCUGUUUGACUGUGCUAAUGUAGCACAUUUUAUGAUGUUUUUUGCUUUUUAUGUUUAUGUUCUGAAAACAUUAGAGGUGAUGCUUUAUAUACAAACUGAUAUGGGCUUUUCGAUGGCUGAUGCUGAUAUCUACAUUAUUAAUUUAGAAAGCUGUCAGUAGAGGCACAGUCAUCAGCUAUGUUGAUAAUCUCUAAAUACCAGGUAUCUGGCAAUGAACCGGCCUUGCCGAUAGAUCAGUAUAACAGUUAUACACAAUUUAAGAUGGUGUAGGUUUUUACUGCUUUUUUAAGUCGUUUACACCAAUGGAAUAACAGUGAUAGGUUUAAACUAUCUAAAACACUGACAAAUUGGAUAGAGGAAAUCACUGCUGUAUUUAACGUAAUAGAUAUCAUAUAAAAAUAGAUUUUUGUCUUGAUAUGUCAGUAAAAGCAAAACUGCUCAGAAAAUGCUGGUAGCUCCACAAUCAUUCAUUAAUCUCAUUUUUUUAUUGCCUGCAACUGCUGGUAGUAUUUUUGUUAUGGCACAUAGAGUCUAUUUCUACAGUAUCUGCUGUAGUUGUCAGUCGUCCUGACCUAUUCAAGUGUUUUUAUGUUUUUCUCCGCUCUUAAUGUUCAAUGUAAUAAGUUUUGCUGGGUUUACCUUCAUUACAGUGCAAAAUGUCAAGAUUUAGUUUUGCUCAGGUUAGUGGUAAGGGAAAAUGGCAAGAAAAGAGCCAUUUCUGAUGUCAGUAAGAGGUAAAUGGUUGCAUAAUGGGUAGUUUAGACAUCUAAAAACUUUGUAUUAAAGCUUCAAAAAGCUUUUGAAAUAUCUAUAUAUAUUUUUUAAAUACUUCAGAGUGACGUUAGAAAGCCAGAGCUUCAUUUGGUCUCUUAUAUUCUUCAAUCAAUGCUGUUUUUUUAGAAAAUGAAAUGCAUCUUUUAUUUAAACAUGUUAACUUCACAAUUACAGUGUUGCAUCUGCAGCAUUUACUGUUUUUUUUUUUUUUUUUUUUUUAUGAAUGGAAUUUAACAUGCUGUAAUGGUGUGUGCUUGAAAUAAAAUAUAUUUUGACC